CAUACAACAGUGCGACAAGUGCGUCCAUACGCAUUGUUGUUAUCAGAUCAGACUACUACUUAUAAUCCUGUACGUAUGGAAACCUCUCCACAAAAAGGCGAUGGACAACCUCUGCCUCUUCCCGAAUUAGAACUGCCCAAAUCUUGGUGGAACGACGAUGAAGUCAGUUACUUAUUUUCACCAUUUCGAUCACACGAUCAAAAUCCAAACGAUAGAGAGGCCAAAAUAAAGUUUUGGAAACCUAUGAUCUGUAAGUGGUGUGAUCAUCAUAAAAAAUGUACUUUCACUUUAUCUGAACUGGAAAAAACCUUUACCAAAAACCAAUUGAUCCCAGCAUGUUUGACAGGUGUGGUAGAAGAUAUGUUAAGGAGACGUCAAAUUUGUGAAAAAGAUCAAUUUCUGCUGCUGCCUGCUCAAACUUGGAGUGGAUGGGCAGUAGAUAUGUUAAUCAAGAAACCAAUGGGCUGGUCACUUAAGAAAGCAAGAGAACUUUUAAUUAAAAGUGAAGAAGAAAAAACAUAUGUAGUUCUUGAAGCAACUAAGGCAGAAUUACUUUUGACACAAGUAAAAGAAACCAACAAAGGAUUAGUAUUAACAAAAACAGAAGUGAAGAAAAUUGCCUCAGGCUUCAAAGAUUUAGAUGUUGUUCUUCAUUGGUUACUAUGUCACAAUAAGAUGGUUCAGAUUAGUCACAAGGAAGAUGAACUUUUAAAAUUUUGUGGUGAUGAAGAGAAAGUAACUGAUAUUAGUGAAAGAGAUAUUGGAAUUUUUGCCUUGCAACAAACAGAAAGGAAACUUUGUCAAAAUCUGGAAGAACUGGAAGCUGAAAGACUAAAUGCUAUUCAGUCUGCUAAGACAUAUAUUGCAAAAGGAAUGAAACAAAUGGCAAAAAGUUCACUAAGAAAGAAGCAGGAAAUUGAGAAGAGUUUGGAUAAAAGAGCCUUACUUCUGGGAAACGUACAGACAAUGCUAUCUCGCAUUCAGGAAUCUCAUUCAGAUUCUAAGAUCUUGGAGUCAUAUCAACAAGGUGUUGCAGCUCUCAAAUUCACCUUAAAAGAAGCAAACUUGACUGAUGAAAAUGUAUCAAAUACUAUGCUAGAAUUGAAUGAGAUUCUUGAUAUUCAUGAUGAUAUUCAAGAAUCAAUGGCUCAAUCUAUUGGAAGCAGUAACGAUAAAGACUUAGAAGAUGAAUUGGAACAAUUACUACUCUCCGAUACAAUGCCUGUCCCAUCAGAAACAAUAGACAUCAAAGAUUUGCCAGAAGUGCCUCGUGGAAACCCAUCUGAACCAAUAGCAAAGGCUCAAGCAUCUUGUUGAAGUAUGCUGAUUAAUACAAUUGUAAAUUUUGUGUUGUAAUAUUGCAAUGUCGUGUAUAUUAUUGUAAAUAAAUUCAUACCUGGAAAUAUUUUCCAGUUCUUAAAAAAUUGACUUAAUCUGCAUAUUCUUAGAAAUGUAAGCUGAAUAUACAAAAAACAUUUAAAAAGCUGGGGAAAUUAAACAUCACUUUAUUGACAGUGAGCCAAAAAAAAAAGGUGUUGAUGUGCAAAGAAGAAAUUAUUUACAUUGAAUGAUUUCAGUAGGAGUUUCUCAUUCAUUUUACUAUUAAGUUAUUACUCAGCAAUUUCAAUUGUAAUGGGUUUAUUUAAAAGAUCAGAGUGAAGUUUAAUAAAUGCCUCCAGGAACCAAAGCACAUUACAAUGUUUAUACAAAAAUAAAACUGGAGCACUAUUAUAAUUCAAUAUUUUCCACACUGGCCAUGCUCAACAAAAUACAUUAAAUUUAGCCAUAAAAUUUAAACAGCAAUAGUGUUGAACAAAAACGCUCAUGCAAAACUGAGGCACAAGAACGACAGUGAGCUAGCUUAUCACGAAGUCACAAUUGGUUCUUUGAGAGAACCUCUCCACAUAAAUAACAAAAAAGAUUAAGUCACUAAGUUGUUCCCUUGAGUAAUAAAUUACGAGAGACCUUGUUAAUUUUACAAUAUAACUGUACCAAAAACCCGAUCCAAUUUAUCCCAAUCCUAGCACUGAAUCAGUAAAGUCCUACUCUGUAACUACAACCAUAAGACACGUAGUCCGUCCUUUUCAAACGCCAAUUCUAAAUCUUUAUGAAACAGUGGUUGGACAAUAUCUAUUUCAAAUAAAUUACAGCUAAAUAACAGAAUUGAACAUUCAUUCAAAGCAGCACAUAACUGCAACACUUACUAGUAAGACUUAUUAUAUACAUUGUUGUCAACUGUGAAGCUGAUGAUUCUUUCUACAAAGUACAAAACCAUAUAUAGCACAUCAUUAAUAUUGAUGGGCCUUUUCAAUUGGCUUAUUAGUUUAUGAAAGUAAUUCUCAUACAUUUGUCUCUUGACAAUAUGAAUUAAAAAUUAUCAAUUGACCUCUCAUUAAUUCUUGCACUUGCUUGUGAUCAUUUCAUCUACCAAGGAUCACUCAAUUUUACUCUGAUGCAAGACAAUCAGACAUUCCAAUUGUUUAAAUGUAUAAAUAUGAAUAAAUACAUGCAUUUAUAUAUAUUUAUGUAUAUAAUUUAUACAUGUAAACAAUAAUCCCGCAUACAAAAACCUAAGACACUAUCAGAAAAUCUCAGAUAAAUAAUCUAGGGAUAUUUCUAUACCGGGAAUCACAUGGCAAAAUUUUAACAAUAAUGAUUUUACUUUCAUUAACAAUUUUAUCCAAGGAGCCAAGGAAUGUCAACAGGCAGUCAUUGGGGGGAAAAAAGCAUUUGCCGGUGCCCAGGAACAUGCUUUAGGAUUAAAUAUAUACCUGAAAGGCAAACUCUAUUUCUCUUGCUUUAAUGCAGCCAAAUAAUAAACAGACUUGAACCAUAAAGUAAAACAUCUGGUGUACCAGAAUACCUACUGCUAUUGCACAUAAGGAAAUUGGUAUAACACCACAUUCAAUAAAGCAUACGAAAUACAUUUAAAAUUAAUACAUACUUCCACAUAUUUCCAAUUGCAAUGACACAAUAAUAUAAUACAUUGAUGCAAAAGGAAAUGUUACAAAACAAACAGAAAAUGUAAAUCUCUUGUAAUCUGCAACAGGAUCUUUCUGCUCACCUCAAGUACAAAUCAAACAGUUUGUUCAAUACUUAGUGGUCAUAUUAAAAAAUAAACUGUAUAAAUAUGGUACAAAACCCAACAAAAGUUAAUAACAGAUCUCCACGUGCACUAAAUUAUGCAUGUCCAUCAGGCCUCAUUUCCUUCAUCUGGGCUUCACUAUGGAGCACACCAUAUCACAGCAAAAAAUGUGAAGGCUAAAUAGAUCAGCUCAAGCAAGACCCAACACUGACAAUGUUCGAUAUCUGUGCACUGGUGACCUUGGGAUUGCAAGCAAAUUAUUCAACCCUCUGCCUAUCACGGUCAGAAGAAUGAAGUGCAUUAUCCCUCACAGCAGACAACAACUGAUCUGUAAAUGUAGCAACAUGGAGCAAGAAUAUUUACAACCUAGAGGCUACCAGAAACUGUUGAUAGUAAACUAAACCUCAAGUCAAUAUAACAGGUGCAAAUUUUAUAGUUCUCUUUACUCUCGACAACCAAAUCCAUUACCAACAGGCAAUUCAAUCCCCCUAUGUACGCACAGAUGCUAACUCUAACAAUGGAUGUUCUUCAAACAACAGGAGGCCUUGUCCUCUUUUUUAUCACUCAGUCUUCAUAAACAUUCUGUACACAUUCCAUUUUGUCUGGAUACCAAAUAAAACAUUUUGGCCACGUUUUUGUGCAUCUACAAACAGUAGCAUACAAUACAAAAAUGUCAAUUCUGUACUAGCUGAAUUCCACUAGUACAAUACGGUUGUGAAAUGUGUCUCAUGGAGAUUAUAGCAACGACUGUAUGAUAACAAAAUCAUGGCUAAAUGUCCUUUCGCUAUCCAUUAUCACUUGGCCAAUCAACAAGAGUGUGGCAAUUAACUCCUAAUAGUCAUCAAUGUCAUAAACGUCAUCAAGCAGUUCAUCACACUGCAUGCUUUGGAAGUCCACCUUGUAGCGAAGGAGUCCUGAUGAAGAGGCCUACAAGAGAUCUUAAUAAUCAUCAAGAUCCACAUCAUCCAAAGGCUCAUCUGCCUGAAGAGACUGGAAGUCGACCUUGUAACGAAGAAUGCCUAAACGGAAACAGACAAUCAUGACGACCAAAAAACACCACACCUAAUAAGAUAACAAGAACAAAUAACUCCAUUGCCUCAAAAUCUAUUACACUUGCUUUCAAAACAUACUGAAAAAGAAAUAUUAAAGCACUUUAGAACUGAUGAGAAGAAGAUUCCAGACGCAGAAAGAUCAUGGUUAGUCACAAUCUUAAUUCUUGUAAUUCUGCAAAAUAUGAGGAUUAGAGCAAAUAUCAAGUCACAAGCCAAGUACUGCUUUGUUAGUGUGUUUCAAUACACUCUGAAAUCUAAAAUUAUUUUCAGAGUACAAAAACUCACCUCCAAUUCCUCCAAAUCCUCG